AUGUCCGAUAAAAUACCCGCCAUCGUCUCACACUUGGUGAGCGGUGAGGCCAAGAGCAUGAUUGACGUGGUGGCCAAGUUUGUGGAGGAAGAGUGCAUCCCAGCUGAUCCGGUCUUGGAAGCCCAGGUCGGCGAAGGCGAUGACCGCUGGGAGAACCACCCGAGCAUCCUUGAGGAACUCAAGGACAAGGCCAAGAAGCUUGGUCUUUGGAACAUGUUCCUGCCCAAGGGAUACUACAAGGAAUCACCCGGAUGGACCAAUGUCGAGUACGGCAUCAUGGCUGAAUGGCUCGGCCGCUCACGCAGUGCCUCGGAGGCAUGCAACUGCGCCGCUCCCGAUACGGGCAACAUGGAAGUCCUCGCCAAAUAUGGCAACGAGGCCCAGAAGAAGCAGUGGCUGAAGCCCCUCAUGGACGGCAAAAUCCGCUCUGCCUUCCUGAUGACGGAGCCUCAGGUUGCUUCGUCGGAUGCCACCAACAUUGAGUUGGACAUCAAGCGGGAGGGAAACAACUAUGUGCUCAACGGACAGAAGUGGUGGUCCAGCGGCGCUGGCGAUCCUCGAUGCAAGAUUUACAUUGUCAUGGGCAAGACCGACAAGGCGAAUGAGGAUCCGUACAGACAGCAAAGUGUAGUGCUGGUGCCUGCUGAUACGCCCGGAAUCAAGAUCAACAGGAUGCUCAAGGUUUACGGAUAUGACGAUGCGCCUCAUGGCCAUGGGCAAUUGACCUUUACAAAUGUCAGGGUUCCGGUCAGCAACAUAGUGCUUGGAGAGGGGCGAGGAUUCGAGAUUAUUCAGGGUCGUUUAGGACCCGGCAGAAUCCACCACGCCAUGAGAAGCAUUGGUGCCUCCGAAGUCGCUCUCGACUGGAUGCUCAUGCGCGUCAAUGACGACCGGAAGAAGCCUUUCGGUAAGCUCCUCCGCGAGCACGGUGUGAUUCUGGAAUGGAUUGCAAAGUCCCGCAUCGAAAUUGACUCUGCGCGUCUCAUCGUCCUCAACGCCGCGCACAAGAUGGAUCUCCUGGGUCCAAAGAAGGCCCUCAAGGAGAUCGCCCAGGCCAAGGUGCUCACCCCCCAGACGGCCCUGACUGUCAUUGACCGCGCUGUUCAGUCCUUUGGCGCGGCUGGCAUAUGCCAGGACACGCCUCUUGCCAGUAUGUGGGCUGGUAUUCGAACCUUGAGGCUGGCCGAUGGCCCUGACGAGGUGCAUUUGCAGCAGAUGGGCCGUAAUGAGAAUAAGCGUGGCAAGGAGGCAACGCAGAAGAUUCAGCGGCAACAGGAGAAGACGCUGGGUUUGACGAAAAAAUACAGCACAAAGACGGAUCAGCCGGGUGCCAAGAUCCGCCAUGCCAAGAUCUGA